AUGCGGUUAUUUUGUAAGCUUAAGCUCCCUAAAUCGUUGCAUUUAAAGGACUCUGAAGACAGAGUGCCGAAGUCUUCAACGUAUAUAUCCAACUUUUACAUUGAAAUACCAGAAUCACAUGGCGUAUGGAAGCCAGGAGAGAUUAUUUCGGGGCAAAUUGUACUUACACUGAAGAAACCUCUGAAGAAUGUGAGUUUAAAGCUUGGACUUAUAGGUACAUUAAAAGUUCUUUCUGGUACUGGAGCAACAUCUCGAGAGAAAGCACGAAUACAGUUGUUUAAUAUGUCGACCAUUAUAUUUGGGGAUAAAGCGUGUAUGAAACAAGUGGAAGAUGAGAUCUGGAAUGGUCUAACUAAGGGUGAUCAUUACUUUCCUUUUAAAAUGACUGUUCCUUCUAAAAAUAUAUACAGCUCUAUUGACUUUGAGCGAGGGUCCAUAUGCUAUAAAAUCCACUGUACGUUGCAUUCGCUCACUUGUACUUCAAUAAUAUCGGAAUGCUCGAAAAGCUUUUCAGUGCUGGUGCCAAUUGCCGUUGAUGUGCUUCCUAAACCAAAUACCAAAAUUGUGGUUUUGCAAUCACCUGCUUCGGUGAGAGGUUUAAAAGUACCUACAUCAGAACAUGAAGGUUCUAUUUCAAAAACACAUAGGAGAAACUCGUCUAUGUAUUCGAAUUUUUCUGGAGCAACUAAUCUCACACAAAAAACGGUCACCAUAUCCGUUAACUUACCAGAAUCAGGGUUCGUGAUUGGCGAGACAAUCCCCCUUCAGGUAAACAUACAGCAUUAUAAGGAGUACUCCCACCCUGCAGGUCUUGUUGCUACUUUGAUACGUAUUUGCAGAGUGCCAGGUACGAGAAAUUAUCCAAUCGAAACAUUUCGGAAGGACAUAUGCCAAUGUGUUGCCCCGUUAUGUUUAGAUCCAAUAUCUUUUAGUCAUUCUGUUAAAAUGAACCUUGAUGUUCCAUUCGAUGCUUUCCCAACUUUGAUAGUUCCCAACCAUGGCUUCAGUUUCCAAUACUAUAUUGAGGCACUCGUAAACCUAUCACCAAAGAAUAUUGUCUACACAGAAUCAAAUAAAGUUAUUGGAGGUGGGCAAACAAGCCACAUACCAGUACCGAGAUACCUCGAGAGAGCGUCUAAAAGGCUGAAUUGUCUCUCUUGCAAGCUGCAAGCUACGAAGGGGAAAUCCUCCGCACAAAAUAUAAGCCAUUCAAUGGUUUCCCCACAGGACAUGGUCAAUGUACGGAAAUUGAAAAGGCUCAAAACCGUCACAGGAACAUGCAUAGAAGUUGUUAUUGGGACUCACAGAAGCGGGACGCGUCAGGAACCGAAAGACAAUAAUAUAACUGAUAUAAAUGGAGAACAAAAUUUAAGCCAUACUGCAGAGCAGAAAGGCCCAUCUAGGAGAGGAUCCAUCCUAGAAACAUAUGAUACAAUUGCGCAGAAGCAUUUAACAAAGUCUGAACUAAGGGAGGAUUUUACCAAUAAAUUAAAAGAUUCUUUGUAUGAUACUGAGCCGGUUCCGUUAUAUACACCGAAUUAUCAAUACUCAACUACUGAAGAUAAAAACGAAUUAGAAAGGCUAAGGCUUUAUGAGUUGGAGAGUGAACCUGAAUAG